AUGGCAUUCGGUGUAUAUAAAGUACCAGAGGAGCAGAAAACCUAUGCUCAGAUGACACCUCAAGAACAGGCAGAGGAAGGUGCCAAAAAGAUGGUGGAAUUAAUGCAAUCCUGUCCUGGUAAAACAGUCAUGGCUGGUGUUUCUGGUUUCUUUUUAGGUGGUUUUUUCGGUUUAUUUAUGGCAUCCAUGUCGUACGAUGUGCCAAUCGGUACCAAUGCAGUUAGCAAUAUUCGUGACUUGCCAUUCAAACAACAGAUGAAGCUCCAGUUCUCAGAUAUGGGAAAGAGAACAUACUCAUCGGCCAAGAAUUUUGGUUAUAUUGGUAUGGUGUAUUCUGGUGUCGAAUGUGCGAUUGAAAGUUUAAGAGCGAAGCAUGAUAUUUAUAACGGUGUCAGUGCCGGUUGUAUUACUGGAGGUGGCUUGGCUAUAAGGGCUGGUCCUCAAGCAGCAUUAGUUGGAUGUGCCGGUUUUGCUGCAUUCUCGACCGCUAUUGAUUUAUAUUUAAGAAGUGACAGUGCUUCACCACCAAAAAAUGAUUAUGACGAAUAG